AUGAAUCUUAGCGGCAGACUUAUCGAUAAUCCAGAACAAACCGACUUUUGUAAGCUCAACGGCUUCAUGGCUCAGGUAUUCGUCAUUCAAACCGACUAUUGGGUCCUCAACAUCGCCAUUUGCACGUUCUUCAUCCUGACUGGCCAAAGAAAGCGAGCCAGCUGGGUGCAGAACCACGAAGUCGUCAUUUGGGGACUUCCGUGGUUCUUCUCGGUCUUAUGGGCUUCUGUGGGCCUCGGUUUGAAUGGCUACCACAGCAUCGGGGCUUGGUGCUGGUUCAAGUCAGACAAGACGAGGCUGCUCGCCAACUUCGUUCCUCGAUGGAUAAUCAUAACCAUCAUGUUUGUGCUAUACGCAUACCUCGCCCUUGCUCUUUUCAGAGCUCAGAACAGGUUAAGUUCGAUGCAGGAGUCUCCCGGGCAUCUGGAGUCCGGUUACUCGACACAAGAUGGGAGCAGGGCCGCAAGCACUCACGAAGGACUGGAAGGCCAAUCUAUGAUUUCCAUCAGAAGGCUCAAAAGGGCAAGAAAAGACGAUGCUCAGGGCAGCGAAGAGGCUUGCAUCGUGAUCCAGGGGCUUGUCGACGCCGUAAUCUACGGUAUGAACGAGACUUCAGUAGCAAGCUAG